AUGGCACGUCUCCUGUGCCGUUGUGCGGCCUUGAGCUGCAGCCUCGCCCUACGUCUGGAUGGAGAAGGUGGUACUGUAAAUGACGGAGAGGCCCGGCAGAACUCCCACCAGGUGCGAGCGCAGGAGAACGGCUUUCGACAGCAACAACCUGACAACUGGUCAAGGCCGGAGGAGCCAACAAAGCAGUACAACGAUGGCUUCUGGCACUUUUGGCAGGAGGAGGCCGGUCCGCAGCGCGCGACUGCCAAAGACCUCCAGGCCCAAGCUGCUGCUUUUCUUGUGGAGCACCUGACCGAGGCGAUGCCUGAAGACGGCGAGAAAGUCGAUGCAGACUUUGUGAACCGGGCGGUUGGAUGGCUGUCGCAGUCAGCGGUCCAGCGCACGCACUGGGCAUUCCCGCGCACGUGCCAGGAGCAGCUAGGCCUGUUGCUGCAAGGCCUGAAGGACAGUUGCGAGGCAUCUCUCAGAAAAAAGGUCUUCAAUUUCGUUUUGAAGAGACAGCUUUUGGCCGAGAAGUGCAACCGCAGCGCACAAGACGUCUUCCUCCGCGGGCGGUAUCUUCAAGCACAAAAUACAGACAGCGAAAUGCUCUCAGAGAGUGUUGCGGAGUCCUGGAGAUUCAUGCAGCUGUGGUUGAAAGAGCUGACCACGGCAGGAGAGCGUGCCCUCCUGUGGGCCGGUUUUUGGGAGGCCGAGCCAAGCGGCCGAACGAGUAAGGGCAAGCUCCUCCACUUUGCGGAGCUAACAGAUCACCAAACCCUCCAUCCGACGACGGAGCUGGGGCGGCUCACCUUCGAGAGUGGGGAGCUCAGCGAGUGCCGCGGAAAAAGUCCUGGCGAAAACUUGACCUCCGAGCUCGUCGAGAAUUUUUGGUCCAUCGCCAGUGUUUUCUUUGUACUUGCCAUGCAGAAGAAGGACCAGGGAAGUGUCGUGGCCCUUGUAAACAAAGAGAUGGAAGGAGACCGCCCGCUGAAGGAUUCCGUUCUCGCCCAAUAUGAGAUACCUACCAUUGGGAUGGCUGCUUGGAACUAUGGCUGGAGUCCUCAGAUCAUCCUAGUCGACCUCCGCAGCACCUGCAACGAGACGAGCCCAUAUCUCAGGCAGCGCCUGGUCUCGGGCCUGGGUCUAUCCUGGGAAACUUGGAGACGUGCGAGACGGAAGCAUUUCAGGACCGAAGAUUUGGCAAAGUCCUCCAGCCCUUCCUGGACAUGCAUUGAUUGCGGUGCGGAUAGUGGCUGCGAGCUCGACGAGAAGCUGUCUGGUCUCGUCCGGGACCUUGUGGAGGUCAGGCGCCUUCAGAACGAGAACGGGGAGAAGCUGAGAAAUUCUGCCAGAAGCGGUGACUUGGAAGAGGCGGACAGGCGGCUGGCCAUCGGUGGGGCCACAGCUCCAGAAGUGGACUUCCGGGGCCGGGACCAUGUCCGCGGAGCGUGGACGCCGCUCCACUUUGCCGCAUCACGGGGCGACAGAGCGAUGACGCAGUUGCUCCUGUACCACGAUGCAGACCCCAACCGGAAAGACAUGUACGGCAGAACGCCGCUCCAUUGCUCUGCAAUGGAGGGUCACGCGGAGGUGGCGAGAUGGCUCAUGGCAUACUCUGCAGAUCCCCACCUGGAGGACGCGACGGGGCAGACGCCUCUGCAGCGGGCAAAGGGUGAUGCCGUGAAGGGGGCGGGGGAGGUGGAGACUGAAGUGCUGAACAUCCUACAGCGCGGCAAGGACCUCCGCAAGGCGAAGCCGGGCGCCCACUACCACUUCGGGGACUUCACCCGAGGGUUGGUGCAAAUCGGCCGGGACGCGCGCCACACGGAUCCAGACGACAGGAUACACCUCCGUGACUUCAUGGCCGGCACCAAGGCCGUCAUCCUGCGGAAGCAGACGCCGAGAGAGGACAUGCUCAGCCUCCAGUGA